AUGACUAAGGGAACUAGCUGCAGAGGUACUAGACACAAUAAAACUCACAUUCUUUGCAAAAGAUGCGGAAAAAGAUCAUGGCAUUUACAAAAACAAAGAUGUGCUUCAUGUGGAUAUCCAGAUGCUAAAAUGAGACAAUAUGCUUGGG